AUGAGUCUGUUUCUAAAAUAUACACUUUUUGGGAUCCCGAUCCCUUACAAGAUUUAUCGCGUUACCAGUGAAACGUUUAAUAAUGACCCUUUCGCGAGAUCGAUGAGACUGGAUAGGCAUUACUGUGGCGAAUUUUCCAUGGCUGCAGUUCAGUCAAAUAAGGAUAUGGAAGAUCACAGCCAUGUUGAUGUUGGCCAUGAUGCACUCUUCGUUGGAAUUUAUGAUGGCUUUAAAGGGCGUAUUACGGAGAAUGAUAACAAUAUGACUGUGACUAUUUUGAGGGAAGUUGUUGAGGAAAUCGAAAACAGGUUUAUGGAGUUUGCUAGAAGUAGUUUUGAGCAUCAACAUCAGCAACAGAUAGGUUUAGUUAGUUCAGGUUGUUUGAUUUGUUUUAUAUGGCGAGGGACAUUAUAUGUUGCCAAUGUUGGAGACUCGCGUGCUGUACUUGGUUCUCGGAAAGGUGUCGGUCCUUUUAAGAGAUUGUGUGUGAAGCAAAUGGUCAGAGUUCACAGUUGUGAAAAUUCGGAUAUUAAAAAAGAACUACGUACAUGGCAUCCAGAUGAUAAUCUUAUUUACGAACUAAAUGAAUUACGCGAUGAGGCGCAUUCUCAUAUUUGCAAAGGUCAAAUAUGGACUAUGAAAGGCUUAAUCCAAACAAGCAGAUGUAUAGGAUAUGCAUACAUGAAGAAGGUGCCGUUUACUCAAAGGAGAACGUUCAAAAUCCCAAUGGGAGAACAAGUUGUUUCAGCUUUUACAAGACCUUGGCUAACAUCAGAACCAGAAGUUUAUUCAAGAGUCUUAAAAGACACUGAUCGUUUCGUUAUAUUUGGAUCUAGCGGAUUUUGGAAAUUGAUGUCAAAUGAGCUUGCUGCUAGAAUUGUUAACACCAAUCCACGAGAUAAUGUUGCUAAAAUACUUGUCAUGGUUGCUAUAGAGAAGGGUGCUAAUAAAAAAGGGAAAAAAUACAGUGACGUUAUAGAGAUUCCGAAGGGAAGUGGUGUUAGUGGAGAUUUUGGUUGUGCACAUGAGAGAAUUAGACCGUUUUAUCAUGACGAUAUCACUGUGAUUGUUGUAUUUUUGGACAAAAGGCCAAUUGGUGUGAGGCCGGAGAUCAAGUCUUACACUUGCAAUGAUUAUGCAGAUCUACCGUCAGAGUUUACACAUUUCUAUCAUAAUAAGAAUGUGUGACACAACACACAGUCUGUUUGCUUACUCAGUUCUGUUGUAAGUGAGACAAUGAUUAUGCUUCUGCCUUAAUUUAAAAAC